AUGGUUUCUCCAUCUGAGUUUUCUAGCAAUACCAGUAUUAUGGAAGAUAAACAAGAUUUAAUCAGCAAUUUGCCAAAUAAUGUCAUUGACAAGAUCAUAGAAAUCUUGCCACUAUCCGAUGCAGCCAAGAUGGGUGUGUUGUCUAGAAAUUGGAGGAACUAUUGGUUGAAUCUUGGUAGCCUUGUUUUUGAUGCUGAUUUUUCGAAAUCGCAGCGCGAUGACAAUGGAAAACUAGAUUGGUCGAAGUACCACUCCAUCAUCAGCAAUAUACUCUUUCGACACCAUGGUCACAUUCAUACGUUCCGUCUUUACAUCCCGAAGGACAAAACUGUUUGUGAAGAAACACUUAAUUUUAGUCCUUGGUUAUCUUUUCUUUCACGGAAUGGUGUCAAAAAGCUUGUACUUCUGAAUCAGCUUGUUACUAUAUUACCUUUGCCAUCUUAUAUAUUUUCUUUCAAGUUAGAAGAGAUGACGCUAGGUUAUUUCACUUUGAAUCCUCCACUUGCUGACUUUAAGCGGUUUGAACGGCUAUGGAAACUUGUACUUUGCGAAAUGAAAUUCAACAUUGACAUCGGGAGUUUGAUUGCGAAUUGCCCCAAUCUUGCUAGGUUAAAGCUAAUGCACUGCACCGGUAUAAACCAUCUUGCUAUAGAUGCGCCAAAACUCAAAAACUUAACUCUCAAAGGCAAACUUGGAUCCUUGGAUUUUAAAAAUGUUCCUACCCUUGUCAUAUUAGAAUUAGCCAUGGAAGGCGAAUGGGAUAACCGUUUAUGUACACAAUUAGCUGAUGCCUUCAAGAAUAUUGCAACUUCCUGUAAACUCACGUUUCUCCAAAUUGGGCUUAGUUUGUCUAAGUUCUUGGCUGCAGGUGGUAUAAUGAGAUCCCUUCCAUUAGCACUCACACAGGUUACUCCAAGCAAAAAUUUAGAUGUUCGGCAUAAAUAUUCUUACGAUAACAAGUUCAAGUUGGAUCAUCUACUUGAGGUGGAAUUUGAGGGCAUUACAGGGUCACGCGCAGAGGUCAAAUUGAUUGAAUAUGUGCUUUCUGUCUCGAAUGUUCUUGAAAAUUUGUUUAUCUUACUUGGAAAGCUUGAUUACAAUUCAGCGUUUGCGUUGGGAAAAGAAUUGAAUGGUUUGGAAAGAGCUUCUCCAAAGAUAUCUACAAAUGUCGAAGGCAGACAUGAUCGCAUCAGCAAUCUGCCAGUGGUACUUGCUGAUAAGAUACUCGAACUGCUGCCACUUAACGAAGCAGCCAAGAUGAGUGUGUUGUCCAAACAAUGGAGGACCAAUUGGUGCUGUCUUAAGAAACUUGUUUUCAAUACGGAUUUCUGGGAUCGGCAGAGUUGCAACUGCAAUGAUGUAGAAUUAGAGUGGGAAACAUACACCAGCAUCGUCAGCAAUAUCUUCCUCCACCACCUUGGACCUUACACGAGUUCUACCGUGUCAUCCCUCGCAUUCGACAAGAUAACAUUUGUUAUCAUGCAACUCUAA